UUCUCAAACUUUUCACUCCACUGUUCUCUCACUCUUCUGCUCACUUUCUCUCUCCUAACUUCCAACAAUGGCAGGAAAACAUCCACACUCGUCACCAUCCUCAAGAGAGAGACCAAUCUACACUUCCCCAAUCGUCAUCAUCAUUCUCUCUCUCAUCACUUUCAUCUCCAUCAUCUUCUUCUUCUCUUCUCCCUCUUCAUCACCACCUGCUCCGUCCUCCAUAUCGACUUUCUCAAUUCGAAACCCUAACCCUAACUUUGAGUACUCUUUCGUUUCAUCGCUCGAGAAUUUCCUCACGAACAAGCUCCCUAAGCAUCCGAAGGACGAUACCGUGAACUCAGCUGAUGCUGUGAGUGUAAGGAAGCUGGAUGAUUCGAUUUGGUGGAGAGAGAGUGUGAGAAUUUCCGGUGAUUCUUAUUAUCCUGCUGCUUCGAUGCCGAUUAGGGUUUAUGUGUAUGAAAUGCCGUCGAAGUUUACUUAUGAUCUACUGUGGUUGUUUCGGAAUACUUACAAGGAGACCUCUAAUCUGACCUCUAAUGGUAGUCCUGUCCACCGCCUUAUCGAGCAGCAUUCAAUUGACUACUGGCUUUGGGCUGAUCUCAUUGCUCCAGAGUCAGAAAGGGUGUUAAAAAACGUCAUACGGGUUCACAAGCAAGACGAGGCUGAUAUAUUCUAUAUCCCAUUCUUCACCACCAUCAGCUUCUUCUUGAUGGAGAAACAGCAGUGCAAGGCACUUUACAGGGAAGCUUUAAAGUGGGUGACUGAUCAGCCAGCAUGGAAGCGAUCUGGGGGAAGAGACCACAUACUUCCUGUUCAUCAUCCUUGGUCAUUUAAAUCAGUUCGCAAGUUUAUGAAAACUGCAAUUUGGCUAUUACCUGACAUGGACUCCACAGGAAACUGGUACAAGCCUGGCCAGGUGUACCUUGAGAAGGACCUAAUUCUUCCAUAUGUUUCGAAUGUCGAUUUUUGCAAUGCUUAUUGUCUGCGGGAAAAUGAAUCCAAGAGAAGCACACUGCUGUUUUUUCGCGGGAGACUUAAAAGAAAUGCUGGAGGAAAGAUCCGGUCAAAACUUGUGGUGGAGUUGUCUGGUGCUGAAGGUGUUGUCAUUGAGGAAGGGUCAGCUGGAGAGGCGGGCAAGGCUGCAGCCCAAAAUGGAAUGCGCAAGUCCAUCUUUUGCCUGAGCCCAGCUGGUGACACUCCAUCAUCUGCAAGAUUGUUUGAUGCUAUUGUUAGUGGCUGCAUCCCUGUUAUAGUCAGUGAUGAGCUGGAGCUUCCAUUUGAAGGAAUCAUUGACUACAAGAAGAUGGCUGUAUUUGUCUCAUCAAGUGAUGCCUUGAGUCCCGGUUGGCUAUUAACAUACCUCAAAGAUUUUAGUCCUUCGGAGAUCAGAGAGAAACAGAAAUUCUUGGCCAAGUACUCGACGCAUUUCAUUUACUCAAAUCCAGCACAGCCUUUAGGUCCUGAAGACUUGACAUGGAGAAUGAUUGCUGGUAAGCUGGUGAACAUCAAACUUCAAAUCAGGAGAUCACAACGUAUGGUACAGGGAUCAAGAAGCAUAUGCACGUGUGAAUGCAGGCAUUCAAAUUCCAGCAUUCCCAUUCCCAUUCCAGGUCCUUAAUUCAUUUCAAUCAACCCCCUUCCACAACUUUUUGUAAUUCCUUUUUGCUGGUGUAGAUUUUCCUUUACGGACUAGCAUGUUCAUAAAUAUGCCUAAUAGUUCAGUUUUACGUCUCACUGUAAGUCACGAAAUAUAGAUUGCUGAACAUCACAACUUGUAAUUCGUCAUUCUUGUGUUCCUUUUUGCAUAUAAGUACAUUUUUCCCCCCUGA